UGUGAGUAAACGGAGUGUGUCAGAGGCUGUCAGGUGAGCGUGGACACAGAGAGGAGCUUUACUGUCGUCUCACCUGAACUUCGACUAUUAAAACUAUUGGACCAAGUCUCAGACAGAUUUCCACUUUCUCCUAAGCCUGAGCUCCGGCUGGUUCUUCAGAAUGCUCUCUUUGAGGAAAGUGUCUUGCAGGUAGCACUCAAUCACCUUGGAGUGUGACGUGGAGAUGGUCACUGUGGCUGCUCUGCUGGCCGUCUGCAUAUGGAUACAAACACAAACAGCCUCAGGGGCGAGCAGAUGUCCCUCCACUCCUCGAACGCUGGAGGACUUCACUGUCCAGUAUGCCCUGCCACAUUUUCAAACAGACAGAGAAAUACAGAACAUUGCUGUGAACUGGGAUAGCGAGUCGACGGAGGUGUACGUGGCGUGCCAGAAUGAAAUAGUGGCCAUCAAUGAAACUUUGGGCAGAAAAUGGGAGGUGAAAACGGGACCUGUUGGAAGCCCAGACUGUGAAACGUGUCUGUUGUGCGACAUUGAGGCUGACCCUGAGGACCAGGUGGAUACUGACAACGAGGUUCUGCUUUUGGAUCCUGAUGGAGAGUUUUUGCCGUACUUGUACAUAUGUGGAAGUACUCAGCACGGGAUCUGUUACUUCAUUGACAUUAGCUUUCCGCAGCCUGAGCCCAAAUGUUUAUACAAGAAGACACAAAACUCCCCUGAUAACUGUCCCGACUGCCUGGCCAGCCCGCUUGGCACCAAAGUCACCAUCGUGCAGCAGGCAGCCACGUCUCUGUUCUUUGUAGCGGCUUCUGUCAAUGACGAAGUCACACAGCGGUAUCCCAGGAGGUCCAUAUCCGUGAUGAGGCCGCUCUCAACUGAAGACGGCUUUCAUAUGAUCUCAGAAGGCCUGACCGUACUCCCCAGUCUGCGUCAGUCUUACAACAUUGACUACAUAUAUAGUUUCUCCACGACGGAGUAUGUGUAUUUUCUGUCGCUGCAGAGGGAAAAUCCCUCCAAGGGCGAUUCGCCUUUUCAGACUCGUCUGGGACGGCUGCCUAUCUUGAUUCCAGAGGUGUGGAUGUACAGAGAGGUGGUCCUGGAGUGUCGGUAUGAACCAAAGCGCAGGAGGCGAUGGAGCGACGACUACAGGGACAUUGUGUAUAACGGGCUUCAGGCGGCCUACUUCGGGCGAGCGGGGAAGGACUUGGCCGAUGAGCUGGGACUGAGUGUGACGGAGGAUAUUCUCUACGGGGUGUUUGCAGAAGUGAACGAUCGGGGCAAGACCCAAAAAAACUCUGCCCUGUGCGCAUUUUCUCUGUCUCAAGUCAACCUCGCCAUCAAAUACGGAGUGGAGGCCUGCUGCAGUUCAGGUACAGAACAGCUGUCCAGAGGUCUGUGCCACUUCCAGCCCUGUGAGAGCUGCCCACACGAAAGCUCUGAAGGAAAUGACACAUGUACUGCCAAACCCACACUCGUGUCCAAGCCGCACUACAGAUUGGAUUUCUUCAACGGCAGGAUGAGAGGCGUCCUGUUCACUGCCAUCCUGGUCAACACCAUUGGGGAUCACACUGUUGGUCAUUUUGGUACCUCAGACGGCAGGAUACUGCAGGUGAUUCUUACUCUGGACGGGCCAAUUGUUUUUGCCAACUUUUCGCUUGGAGACACCAGGGUAUCCAGGACAGCAGCCAUGUACCCGGAUGACUCACUGCUCUUCGUGGUUGGAAAUAAGACGUUCAAGGUGCCCUCCUCAGGACCUGGCUGUGCGCAUUUUAUGACCUGCUCCAUGUGUUUGAUGGCUCCACGCUUCAUGAACUGUGGGUGGUGUUCGGGAAUCUGCUCCAGGCAGCAUGAGUGUACCUCGCAGUGGAACAAAGACUCUUGUGCACCUGUCAUAACGGAGUUUUUUCCAAAAACGGCGCCUGCUGGCGGAGAGACGGAGGUGACGCUGUGCGGCUCGGCGUUCCAGUCCCCUCAGCGGCCAUGGAUCAUCAGUGGCAAAACACACGUGGUUAGAGUGAGCUCCACUUCUAUGUAUACUGUCCUGCCUGGGAAAAGCUCCGGUGAAAAGCUUGUGUUCAAAAUACAUGAUCCAGUACCAAACCAGAACCUCAAUAUUACUCUGGAAGUGCACGAGGGCGCGGUGGGGGGCCACUACUCAGUGGAAGGCACAGCUCAGGUUUCUGGCUUCUCCUUUGUGGAACCCAUCAUAACAGACAUCAGGCCUGACAGUGGACCCAUGCUGGGAGGAACAACUGUUACACUAACAGGAAACUAUCUCAAUUCUGGGACACAGCGAGACGUCUUCUUUGCUGACAGAAAGUGUCAGUUUCAGAGUGUUUCUGAUGGAACGGAGAUUUCAUCGUCAAUCGUCUGCCAAACACCAGCUGCAACAAGUGUCGGCAGUGUACCUGUGAAAGUCUCGAUUGACGGCCUGGAAGUGGCUGCCGCUAAGAUGUUCUCCUACAAGAAGAACCCUGUUAUCAUCUCUGUUCAUCCCCUCUGCAGUUUCCAAAGUGGCUCCAAGCUGUUCAUCCAGGGUCAACAUCUUGACUCGGUCCAUAAAACUGUGGUUCAGUACACGCCCAAGAAUCUCCUCCUGCAGCCUGUUCAGCGAGUCUGUGAUGGCCCGAAAAAUGCCACUCACAUGGAGUGCAGGGCCCCCAGUUUUACAGAGGAAAUGCCGGAGGAGAAGUUUGAGAUGGGAGAGAUUUUUAUUCACAUGGAAGGGAAGAGAAACCUCUGGAAGAGUCGCUUUGACUACCACCGUGACGCUAAAGUCAUCCCCUUUGAAAACGAUGACAACUUAUUAGUCCUGAAACCAGGAGAGAAUGAAGUUUCACUGCAUCACAGCAAACUGAACACAGUGAGCACGUGUAUGAGGAUCGAGAUGAUCAUCGGCGAAGUGAACUGCAAUGCUCAGGUUCUGCUCAACGAGCUGACCUGCAGGAUUCCCAAAGGCCUCGUGAUCCCCGCCGAGGGGUUUCCUGUUCAAGUGCGUGUGAAUGGUGAGGUUCAUGAUGUGGGUACGGUAGUAUAUCGCGAAAGCAACAACGACACGGUGAUUGCGGGCAUCGUCCUGGGCCUCAUUGCCGCGCUCGUCGUCGGUGCUGGGCUGGCGUUAGUCGUGAUGAUGCAUCUGAGGAAGAAAAAGAGAGCCAAUAUAGAAAGUCGUCUAUCAACAAGAUUGUCACGUAGCCGUAUGGGAAGCCAUCAGAAUUCUUCUCCAACGGGCGACUACAGACGAGUGGACCUGUCCAACCAGACGUCAGGAUCAGGAGCGAUGACUUUUCAAGGUUUGCUGUACGCGGCCAGCUACGAUCAUUUGGCUUUUCCUUCACUGCCAAGGGACAAUAUCUCAAUGAUCAGCCUGAGUUCAGAUCUUCUCGAAGAGGUCAAGGAUGUGCUGAUCCCUGCUGAGAUGCUUCGAAUCGAAGAGAACCGCAUUAUUGGCAAAGGUCACUUUGGAACUGUGUAUCAUGGGUAUUUGAUAGACAGUAAUAAGCAGGAGACUCACUGCGCUGUUAAAUCAUUGAACAGAAUCACCGAUGUGGGUGAAGUGGACCAGUUUCUUCGAGAGGGCAUCAUCAUGAAAGGCUUCCACCACCCCAACAUCCUGUCUCUGCUGGGAAUCAUGCUGCCUAAAGAAGGGCUCCCCCUGGUGGUUCUGCCCUACAUGAAGCACGGCGACGUGCGUCACUUCAUCCGCUCUGAGAAAAGGAACCCAACAGUGAAAGAUCUGAUCGGGUUUGGCCUUCAGGUUGCCAAGGGCAUGGAGUACUUAGCCCAGAAGAAGUUUGUUCACAGAGACCUGGCUGCUCGUAACUGCAUGCUUGAUGAAACCUUCACGGUGAAAGUGGCAGACUUUGGCAUGGCGAGGGACAUCUAUGAUAAGGAGUACUACAGCAUUCAGGAUCAUAAGAGGGCGAAGCUCCCGGUCAAGUGGAUGGCCAUCGAAAGCCUCCAAACACAAAAGUUCACAAGCAAGUCUGAUGUGUGGUCCUAUGGCAUCUUGAUGUGGGAGCUGCUGACCAGAGGUGCCAGCCCAUAUCCAGAUGUGGAUCCUUAUGAUAUAACUCACUACCUGUUGAAGGGACGUCGGCUGCCACAGCCACAGUUUUGCCCAGAUACUCUCUAUUCCAUCAUGCUGGCCUGUUGGGAUCCAGAGCCUGAGCGCAGGCCGAGUUUCCGUAGCUUGGUCGCAGAGGUACAACAGAUUCUGUCCUGUUUGGAAGGAGAGCACUACAUCAACCUGAAGGUCACCUAUGUCAACUUGGACCAGCCAAGGCCUUACCCCCCUCUCACUGGGUCUGCGGAUGAGGCCGAGGACUCUGACUCGGACGCAGACCGCAGUGACGCCAGCUGAAAGUGAAAUGCCGCAGAACUCCCUGAUAGUAUCUCACAAUCCAGCUCAGCGUUGGAUACAAGUUCUCCGGCAGAUUAAAUGCUGGUUUACAGAACUGGACUUUGCACCUGGAAGAUCUCACUACUGAUUUAAAAGACUUUGUUGGUCCGAUAAACUCAAACUGGAGGCCGAACCCUGCUGGAAGAAUCCCUUCAUGGUUAGAACUUUGUAGUCGGAUCGCAACAGGGACAACAUGUAAAGACUUUUUAAGCACAUGUUUGAAUGAGACAGUAUGAAUGUAAUUGUGCUUUUGCUCUCUAAACUGUAGCCUUCGAUGACGUGCUGUACUGUGGUUAUGAGUUGUUCCUAUUAAAAUAGGAAGCCUUCUGAAUACUGACCUGUGCUCAGGGCUCAACAGGUUCACCUUUUUGUCACUUUCCUGGACAUGAAAUAACUUGUGUUGGCAAUCAUUUAAGCUGCACAGAUUCAGAGAUGAGCUCUGCACAAGCAAUGUUACACAGAUAGUGAAUGUUCAGAAACAGAUCCAGUACAUGUAAUUAUCACUAGAGGGCACACUGUGUCUCGUUCUUGUUCUGCAGCAAUGCUCAGCUCUACAGACAACAUAACUCUAAUUAUCUGAACCUCCUGUUUCCAUAUAUGCAGCUUCUACUUUGAAAAGGUGACAAAUUCAGUUUCACAAUAAACACACAGCAGCAUAGGUGUUGUUUUGGAGAUUUCUGUUGCUUUUUUUUUUUUAAUUUUUUUUAAUUUUGCUUCUUGCAUUCGAUUAAAAUGAUCAAGUCACCACAUAAUAAUAAUCCAAGACCAGUCGUAGCAUCAGUACUGAUCUCUAAGCUCACAGCUCACUUUAACUAAAACAGUUGUUUAUGUUGACAGACAAGUUUUCUAAUGAGCGGAUUCGGUUCCGGUGUACUUGAUGUACUGAUCUUUCUGACUUUGCACUGAUUGUUUUCCACUUAACACUUUAAACUCAUGAAGCCUCUCUGACUUGGCCUUGGCUUGAAUAUGUAUAAGCUCUUCGUCCGAGUGGACUAUCAAAGCCAAAGAGGAAAAUGAUGCUGAGUGCGAUGACACAGGUCUGCAGCGGCAGGGUUCUUGAUCUUUGCCAGGUAGAUGAGAGGAAAAACACACACUGUUAGAGGUCUGACUCAUGUCAGUUCAGCCAGAGAGAAAGCCGCAUGCUCCUGGAUAAUCUGUGUAUCUAGCAUUUGUAGUGUUCUAUGAAUAAUUUAUGGGGUAAAACAAUGUUUAGGAACUGAAGUGAAGUGAUAUCUCUGGUCGAGCUCAGGUGGAGGCACAAACUUUAAAAAUAUGCAGAGAUGCUUCCAGUUUAGCAAAGCUGACAGAUUUGCUUUUAUUGAAGUCAAACUGAGUCCCAUUUGUUGGAAUUGCACUGCUCACUUAAAGAGCUUACCAUUUGAAAAUAUUCAUGAAUUCAGGGGAAUGAAACGCUGGAUUGCCUCUGAUUCUAAAUCAGAUCGUUUUAGAGACAGCGCCGUGCAGUGAUGAAGCAGAUGUGUUGGUGAAGUUGAACAAGUAAUAACAAUUGUUCUUCUGCAGUUAACACUGCACAUACCUGUUCCUUUAGCCAGACCAUAAACAGCUCACUCUUUGAAGCACUGUGAUGCCUCAGAGUGUCUCACUAGAUUUUAUUUAGCAUUGUCUUCCAACUCUUCAUAGUGUCAACUUGCAGUGCGAUCUUAUAAUUUACUUGCCAAUGCAGCCUCUAAAGUUGUAAGCAUUUUAUAUAAAAUUGGGCUUGGUACAAGGACGCUGGCAUUGAAAUCAGAAGUUGUAUUAAAAAAAAGGAUUGGCAAGAUGAAACAUGUAAUGCUGAAAAAAAAAACCCUGUUUGGAUUAAAAUUAGUUUUGCUGUUUUAUAUGCAUUAAUCUUGAUCCUUUUCCUUAGUUUUUGUUUAUAUGUAUAUACCAGAGCUGAUAUUUUUAUAGUGUAUAUCAAUGUGAAAAGCAUAGAAAGGGAGGAAAGAGUGUGUGUUCACUCAUCUGAUAUAUUAAAGAGAGUUGUGUUUAUUGCGUUGGAGAUGAUCCAACAGCUCAUUGUAGCUCCAGCUUCAAAAACAUGCGAGUAAUCUUUCAUACUGCACGCAUGAAGUGAUUACAGUUCAGUUGCAUCAUCGUGUGUUAAGAUGAAGAGUCUUCUUUGAAGAUACCGAUGGAUAUAAUCAUUUGGAGUUACUGACAGAGCCCAACAUGCACUUUAAAUCAGAUGUGUCAGGUCACGUCUUUGAAAGUGGAAUCGUAUUUCAAAUGAUGACUUGUUGUCGAUAAGUGCUGAACUUGCUUUAACUGUGAUCACUAAAUUUGGCAUAAUUGCAUUUGAGCUGUCCAGGGUGUGGCCUGGCUUUUGCCCAUCUUGAGCUGGGAUUGACUCCAGCGGCCCCGCUACCCUGAACAGGACAGAGCGAGACAGAGGAUGGAAAACUGCAUAAGAUGAUCCUGGAGUCAUCACAAGCUUUAUGUUAUAAAUAUCCCAAAAACUACGGCAAACAUGAUGCACAUUUCCUUUUCCAGAGCAGGAGCAGUUUUAUCCAGAUUUGCUUAAUUAUUCUCAUUCUUGAUUAAACCUCCCCCCAUCCCAGAGUAUUGAAAUAAACGAUCGUGAGCACCAUCUCCAAGUUUAUUCUUUGAUUCAGAACCAGCAGAUAUCUUCUUCCUCUUUCACACACACACACACAAAUCCCCGCAGCAGCGCUUUGAAGGGGAAUAUAGCUACAGUGAAGAAAGAGCAGACCCUUAAGUGUCUAGUUUAAAAUUCUUUUUGUCGUUUUCAAGUAUAUAGAUAUAGAGACACUCACAUUCAUACAUUUUAUUCUUUGCAUUUGUGUUUUACACUGCCUUGAUUUUGGAGUGUAGUUCAGUUAAAAACUGCAAAAAAAAAAAAAAAAAAAAAAAA